AUGCUUGCGAAGCCAACUCUCCAUAUAGCGGUGACCGGGUGUGUUCACGGGCAGUUACAGAAAAUGUAUGAAGCUGUUCAUGUUCACGAAGAAGCCACUGGUAAAAAGGUAUCUUUUUUGAUAUGUUGUGGUGAUUUCCAAUCCCUCCGGACCGAAGCCGACUUCGACUUUUUCAAGUCAAAUGUUAGUCAUCGAGACUUAUGUGAUUUUCACCUCUACCACGAAAAAAAGCUCACUGCCCCAAUUUUGACAAUUUUUGUUGGAGGGAAUCAUGAGGCAUCGAAUGUCUUGUUAAAUGCUUUCUAUGGUGGAUACUUAGCGCCCAACAUCUAUUAUAUGGGCUUUGUGGGGUUAGUCAAACUGUUUGGCCUUCGGAUCUUAGGUGUUUCCGGCAUAUUCAAAUUUUACGACGUCAACAAGCCAUUUUACUAUCCACCAGAGAGGCGAGACCUUAUCACGAUGUUCCACUCGAAGAAUUUCCAAAUUGAGAUGUCAAAGAAAUUACAAGCAAAGUCUCCUAUCGAUGUGGUGUUUUCACAUGACUGGCCACAGGGGAUAGUGAUGAAAGGCGACUACCAGCAACUUUAUAAAUACCAGCCAGGGUUCAGAAAAGAUGGACCCAAACUUGGGUCGCUUGUUAAUGCAAAGAUAUUAGAGGAGAUCAAACCAGUCAAUUGGUUUGCAGGGCAUAUGCAUUGCGAGUAUAGAG